CGACAGUCUUUGAAGCCAAUCCUCCCUUUAAGAAUAUGAGGUCUUCGAGGAAGUCACUGCGGGGCCAAAAGCGGUCGGAAUGCACAAGGCUGGCGGUAUCGCAUGAUAGAAAGCGGGUUCAGCUCAUCAUACGUCGGGGGGUUACUUGUCCUGCUUCAGCCUUGCGCAGCUGGCCUUAAAAUAACCCUUCCCCAGGGUGGGAACGACCCUGGCAGCCUGGCUAACCCUCCCUCUCAAUCCUUCGGAAGGAACAUAACUUAGUACCCUUCAUCGUCUGGCGCCCUUCCCAAGUCUCUGGGUUCUCUUGUUAUCGCAGGACAAUUUCGCAAGAUGGUCUUCUUCGGCAAAUCGGCCGCCGCAUCACCGGAUAACUCAGUUGAGAAUGACCACGAAACACAGGACAUUCUUUCUACCCGGGGCGAGUACGGAUUAGCCAUCUGUCACGAUGGGGGUGAUGGUGCUGUGGCAGAGUCAGUUGCCGUACCUUGGUGGCAGUAUCCUACUCACGACGAGCAGUAUUGUAUUCGUACAUGGUCUUACUGGAAAUCGUCACAACACGUGGACGCACAAGGGUCAAGAGGUCUUCUGGCCGAAGGACAUACUUCCCAAAGACUUGCCCAAGACACGCAUCAUGACUUAUGGCUACGAUGCAGACAUAGCUCACUUCGUGGCAACCGCAUCCCAGAAUAGAAUUGGCGAACAUGCAGGGAAUCUCGUGAAUGCGAUCACUCAAAUCCGCGAGCGGACGGACACGGAGAGCAGACCAGUGAUCUUCGUCACGCAUUCUCUGGGAGGGUUGGUGACGGAAGAUGCACUUCUUUUUUCAAAAAAUAGCGCAGAAGAGCACUUGCAGGAUCUGGUGCAAAGCGUAGUGGGGAUCUGUUUCCUGGGUACUCCUCACUGCGGCUCAGAUCUCGCACGGUGGGGGAGCAUAAUGGGCAACCUGGUAAACGCGAUCAAGACUGCCAAUGUCGACCUGGUCAAUGUCCUGAAAACCGACUCUGAAGUUCUUGCUCGGGUCCAGCGAGAAUUCCACACCAUGCUGCGGGGACCGAUAUUCGAAAGGAAACCGCCUCUAAAGAUAACCUGCUUCUUCGAGGAAUUGCCUGUGAGGGCCGUUGGGGAAAUAGUGCCGAAGCACUCAGCAAUCCUUCCAUCGUACAAUGCCAUUGGAAUUCGGGCAAACCAUACGGAUAUGACCAAAUUUUCUGACGCAUCUGAUGCAGGCUAUAUGUCUGUGUCCGGAGAACUUCGACGAUGGGUGAAGGCAAUAGCAAAGGCGGCUCACGAGAAUCCGAGAGUGAAUGAGUAUGGAUUCGCUCAUCCGGGACAACGUGACCGUGCAGGAGAUCAUACUUACGGUGCACUUCCGCGACAACCGUCACCUUACUCCCAGGACUCUCGAGAUCAUCAGCAGUACAUGCACGACAUGUAUCGAUAUGGAGGAUCAGCUUCUCAGGGACAUGGGUCAGCUCCACGUUAUGAACCAUACAGAUCUGGGGUCGGCUAUGCAAGGCCACCUCCGCCUCCGGAGCCAAAAUAUAUCGAAUCGGCACCAGAAAUGCAGCCUUCGCCAGCUACACUGGGGCAUCAUGAGGAAUCUCGCAGAAGACCAAGUUCUCCAAUGUUCCCUCCCGGACCUCCACCGCCAAUCGAUGAAUAUAAUGAUCCGCCGUGGGCAGAAGGUUAUGCGCCUUUUACAAAUGCACGACACCUACAGUCGCCUCCACAGCCUGGACCUUAUCAAGGUGCCAGUAUUAUAUACGGGUCGCAAACAACACACAGUGGUGGGAAAACAGUAAACGGUGGGAACUGGAAUAUCCAGGGAAACGUUACUUUCUAGCUUACGUAGGUAUUAUUGACUUCCGUGUCUGCAGCGUAGCGCUGUUUCGCAAGAGAAAUAGUUUCAUCUGAAUUUCCGGGUACAUAAGGUAUAUACAGGAUAACAGCAGAGGACAGGAAGAAUAUUGAUGAGCAGGAACCACGCAUCUCCCAAUUCGAUCGCCCUGCUGGGUGAUUCUGGACUCAUCGCACCAAAGCCAG